UUUUCUCCAUGAAAUUUAUGAGAAUGAAAUGGGGAACAGUUUGAAACACACAUUCAAAUUCGAAAUUCAAACUCCAAAUAUGAAUUUAAAAAGUUUAAUAACCUAAUUUAAAAACACUGUAAAAAUUUAUUUGGGGGCAUAAAAUGAGGAACGCGUUAAAAGAAAUUUACAAUGCCCGCCAAAUAUCAUCCAUUUCCCUCUUUUCUUCAAGCUUCAGCGGUUUAUCUCGAAUUUUCUUAGGGUUCUUCUUCGAUCCCAUUUCAUUUUCCGAUUACAGAAAAGCCUAAAAAUGUCAUCAUCAGUUCAUACUGAAGAUUCCCAAUGGAAAAACCCUAGCAUUUACAGCCGCAAGGACAAAUCGCUCGGUCUCCUUUGCUCCAAUUUCUUGAAGCUGUGUGAUCGGGAAGGUGUGGACACCGUUGGUUUGGACAAUGCUGCAGAUAAAUUAGGUGUCGAGAGGCGUCGCAUUUAUGACAUUGUCAAUAUUUUGGAAAGUGUUGGGGUUUUGUCACGAAAAGCUAAGAAUCAGUAUAGAUGGAAUGGGUAUAGUGCAAUUCCUAAAGCAGUAGAUUUGCUUAAGAAAGAAGGACUAAAAGAUCUGUCCACUGCCUCCUCCACUUGCCACAAUGUAUCAAAUGUCAUAGCUUGUAACCAUUCAGAUGUUAAGGAAACAGGAGAAGGCAAUACUUCUGGCUUACAUAAAAUUGACAACCGGAAGGAGAAGUCUUUGAUGAUUCUUGCCCAAAAUUUUGUAAAGCUUUUCCACUGUUCUAAUGUUGACUUGAUCUCUCUUGACAAGGCUGCAUCAGCAUUGCUUGGUGAUAUCCACGAUCCAAUGGCUGUGAAAACAAAGACCAGACGCUUGUAUGAUAUUGCAAAUGUUUUUGUGUCCUUGAAUCUCAUUGAGAAGAUACGUAGCCCAGAUAAUGGAAAACCAGUAUUCAGGUGGAUAGCCUGGAAAGAAAAUCGUACGAGUGGGUCCCCUGCAGCUGCUACAUCAGAUGAGUCAAUGAGGAGAACAUUUGGGACAGAGAUCACAAAUACAAUUCCCAAAAGAUGCAGGGAUGAUUCUUCAUCUGAUCUAAUGUCAAACGGGCAGGUGAAAAGGUUGAAAGUUGCAAAAGAUGACGAAUUGAAAGAUAAAAAUCAGAUCUCAGCAGAGCAGCAUGAUGAACGUGGUACAAAGGAUUUUGUAUUUGGCCCUUUUGGUCCAUCAAGUCUUCCCAAAUCAGGAGUUUCUGGAAAAGAAAAUUUGAAACAUAUUCAGAACUUGGAAGAUCUGGCAUCUAAAUACUAUCCUCAGUACCAGAAUAAGGCUGCAAGUGAGCUUUUUGCUCAUUUUGUUGAUGCAUGGGAGUCAUGGCAGGUUGAAGCUGCCAAUGAGCUGCACAAACAACAUGAACAUUAAUGUCAUCUUGGAUCUUUUUUAUUUCAGAUGGUAUCAAGCACAUUCAACAAGGAUAGUUCUGACUUCUGAUGCUGUUAGUCUCACUUGAGAGAUGGUGGUUAUUGGUUGAAUGUCUCAUGCAUACAUGUAUCAGUUGAAUGUGCGGCUUUUUGUCAGUGUCUGAUAAUCCAACACCUGACAUUCGGUAAUAUUUGGUGCCAUUGUAGUUCCCAGUUUUAUCUGGAUGAGUUUCUUGCACGGGUCCAUAGGAGACAAUCAACGUCUCCUACAUGCUUAAAUUUGCUGUAUGCUUACUAGGUUUUAAAUGGUAAAUUCCUGUUACCAUUGAUGUUUGUAUCUGUGUUGUAGUUCCCUCGCUCCUUUUCAAACCUCUUAACGCGAUUCCAAACUGAACUACUUAAUUUCAAUGAGCUAAAUUAACCGUGUUGUAAAUAUUAUGCACACUUCUUAAA